AAAUCUUAAAUGUACACGUAUACCAUUCAGUCUAGCGACUCCACAAAGGAUAUUUAACGAAACGUUACCCGUACUGUAGAGGGUAUUUUGCAAUAUCAUUAUUUCAUUCUAAAAUGCGAAAUGCUGGGUGAAAGUGAUAUUGUGUGUAAAUAUUACAGAUGUGGUUAUACAUUAUAAUCGGAAAUCAAUUCUGUUAAUUGCUGAUGUUAGAACUGGAAAUGUUGUCCUUGUUCAAUCGAUCGGAGCUCAAUACUUUUAAAGCACUAAAGGAAUCGGUCACUGAACGCUUUUGAAAUUAUUGUGACAUUUCGAAAUCUGUGAUCGAAUAUGUUGUUUUGUUAGCACGCGAGUUGUGUAUGUUUGUUGCGCAUAUAUUUCAUGUCUAAAGUUUUGCAACUCAUCGUAAUGACUGAUUGGAGGAAAGUAUUGACAUUUCAUCAGUUCAACUUUACAUAAGAUUUACCACUGGAGAAAGCAAACCAGAAAUGAAGGACCAAAUACACAUACAAAAAGAAUGCCACAGCAUAUCCUCAAGUUCUCAUCGAAAGCGGAUAAAGUUAUUUUUGUGUUCUAUCGUAUUUGUUAGUACCUGCCUUUUAGUGUUCUCCAGUUAUCUAUCAAUUUCUUAUCAAGUAUACCCAAAUGGACCUCAGCGUCAUGUAUACUUCUUCAAUCAAAAACACUGGGUGAAUGGGACCGAGAAACGCAUUCUGUUGUGGACGAGAUAUUUCUACGACGUUGAUUGGGCAGGGUAUGUCCGGCAAACGUUGGAUACUAUGUGUUCCUACAAUUGCACAGUGACCGUUGACAAGGGCACCAUUAAAGAGGCCAAUGCGGUUGUCUUCCAUUUGUUAGAUUUAUAUUUUUGGGAAACUCCGCCAAAAUAUCGAGCACCGCAUCAGGUGUGGGUGUUACAUAAUGCCGAACCACCCCCUCACCAGUACUACAAUGGAAGGACGCUGAUGUACUCUCGAUAUGUAUUUAACUGGACUUAUUCAUAUAAAACAGAUUCCACGAUUGUAGGUACUUACGGGUACUCUUGGCCACGCGAGAAGAAAGAAUCUAAAGUACUGAAAAAACAACCUCGCAAAAAUUUUGCAGAAGGGAAGACCAAAAUGACUUAUGCUGUGAUAAGUAAUUGUGUGGAUGAUGCUGGAAGAUUUCAAUAUGUGAAGAAAUUAAGAAAAUACACUCCUAUCGAUCUGUACGGUAGAUGCGGAAAUCUUAUUUGUCCGAGGAAUAACAGUUGUGACGCCAUAUUAAAACCUUACAGAUUCGCUAUAGCAUUUGAAAAUAGUAAUUGCAAGGGGUAUGUGUCAGAAAAAUUCUGGAGUGCUCUUGGAAGAGAAAGUAUACCUUUAGUUAACUGGAUACCAGAACAAAUUCCGGGUGAUGCUCCCCCUAAGUCUUAUAUUAAUGUUCAUGAGUUUUCCACAAUGGAGGAUAUUGCCAAAUUUUUAGAUAAUCUAGCUGUUAACGAUACGGAAUACAAUAGUUAUUUUGAAUGGCGGCAAAACUAUCAUAUUGGUCAGGGAUUCUUAAGAGGAUUUUGUGACCUUUGCAAAUCUCUGUAUAAUGAUUCCAUACCAGCUCAAGUUGUUGACUACCAAAGCUGGUUAUCUGAUGACACCUGCCAGGAAUGGUCCGUAAGUAACUCUCUCUCUCUCUCUCUCUCUCUCUCUCUCAAAAUACUGUAUGAUAAUUCCAAUUUAUUACAAUUGUGUUGAUUGGACGAGAAUUUCGACAUCAAUAAAUCCGAAAACGCGAUCUAUUCAUACGUGCCUGAAAACAAAUAACGCAAUGAAUGGAGACUCCGUUCAAUCCGUUAUUUUGAUACCACUGUUCGCGUAAUCCUUACCAAAUAUGGAGCGUUGUCAAAGUGAAAAGAUGCAUUGGCUAUACGGUAACGAACGGGUCAACGAUUGAUAUAAUAGUACUUAAGCAAUCCUAAUCUUUUCUUUCAGGAAACAUAAAACGUAGUUUGGAAAUUCUUAAUUUCGUUUGCGAGUUUAAAAAAUCUAUCAAAUGCAUAAUACAUGUAUAUAGUUUGUCUGAGCCACGCUUGAUGUUUGCUGAAAGAAAAAACUGCUUGGAAAAGUUGAUACUCUAAAUCAGAAUAUGAUGUCAAAAUUCGUAAUCUAGGUAAUGUUGAUCAAACUAAGAAUAAGCAACUACAUGUACGUUACUUUCUUGAAUAGGGCGUAAAACGAUUUCUUUGCACACUAGUGAGCAUAAUUUUGAAGCGAAAGUUUGACUCGGGGGCCAGAAUGAGUCCCCAUUAUACAAACAAAUGUAAGUUCUUUGGUUGAAAUUUAAAUUCGGUUCGUACAGCAAUUGCCCUUGUCGUCUUUUGAUAUCAUUUUUUAAAUUAUUUAUUUAUUUAUUUUGUUAUAUUUUUAUUUGGUUGGUGAGUCAACUUAAAAUGUUUUGUUUGAUCAAAAUAGAAAUCGGGCAAGCAAUAUUAAUACGUGUAAGUUCUUGCAUCAGAUAAAGGUGUACUGACAUGUUUAAUCUAUAAUAAUAUAUAUUAUAUGGAAUUGAAUUGGAUCUAUAGAAUUUAAAAUUUCAAAAUGUUGAUAAUUUUCACAAAAUAUUUAAAUGUUUUCAUUAUGCACCUUGAAAAUGUCUGUUCGCGUUUUAAAAGUUUUUUGUACAUGUAGUUCUACAAGCUCUCGUGUACAUUAUAAUUAUUUUCAAUGGUCUACUCUGAUAAAAAAUAAUAAUUUCAUGAUGACUAUUGUGGAGAAACAACUAGCUUUGAAAUCUUAUUUCCACACCAAAGCAGUCAUAUUCGUUUUAGUUAUUCAAUAAUACGGUACGGCCCUUUGAUUUUUACCGAUUAUCAAAAUUCUCUUGAUAAUUUAAAGAUCUUGGUUCUUAAAACGUAAUAUAUGAAGCCAUUUCUAUACUUGUAAAUAAAGCAGUUUGCAUUUCAUAAGUUUUCCAAGUGUUAUUUUUCUUUUGUAGAUAUUCAGCGUUUUCAGUAGGAGGGUGAAAAACUACUUUUUGUGAUCUCAAGCAUUCCUUGAUGCCUAAAUGUUUGGAAAAACUCCUUUUCAACAAUAGAAUGUAAAUGUUUUUAUUGAAAUAUAUGAUAAUUCUUAAUUAAAAUGUAUAUUUUGUUUAUAUUGUUUUAUUGUUGUUUCGAGAAUGGGUCGUCACCAUCUGAACGUAAUUGAGGCGCCAAAUCCGGUCAAGGCCGUUAGCGAGGGGUUCUUUAUCGUGCCAACGCCCAUAUCCAGGCUCCACAUGGAACAUAAUAGUACAAAAAAGAUAAAGUCAACAACAACAAUGUUGAACACAGUGAAUGAAACACAACAGGAAGUCCAUUGUUCACCAAAUGUUUUGAAAAUGGAGAGAAGAAAAUAUGCCAUGUAUGUUUGGAAAAUGGGAUUCGACCCCAACAUCGUCGUUGGUUCUGGGCCGGACUGCUUUCUAUCGUGGGAUAAGAUAGGCUCAUGCUUCACACAUACUUGGAAUACAGAAGAAAAGCGGAAAUGGUUGUGGGCGACCUGCAACACUCCUAAUCGUGAAAUUUCAACAAUUUUUCUGUCGGAUGUGAAGAACAAUUUAGAAUCAUCAUUCUUAUUACGGGAUUGUGAAAGUAGUGGCGUUCACUUGUUGAGAAAAGCAUUAUCUGAAGGUCACGAACAGGUGCCUGGUUUGAAAAUUUACGCUUUGUUUGCCGUCAGUGAUGAAUACGUCUCAGAACGUCUCCUGGUUCCUUACGUAGUAUGGUACAAUGACCAUUGCGCACGUUCAAAUGCUGAAAAAUUUGAUGGCGUAGCAGUGAAUAAUGAAGCAUACAAUAAAGUCAAGAGCUCGGGGGAUGUGAGCAUUGUGACGCUUUAUCUCGAUCGCCUACAGGAAGUUCAUCUCCAGGCUCGGAAGCAAGUGCGCGACCGUCUUUUAACGCAUUAUUCCAUCGGAUGGCAUUGGGGUCGUCGUAACGGAGAAACCCAAAUAAUUCCAUGGAGAGGUAAAAGCGUUGAUGUCCUACAUCACAUGAUCGACAUAUUUGACAGCAUCGAUGUCCAGGUUGCAUCUACGAAGUUUCCUACGAUUAAAGACAGAAUGCAUAUAGCUGGUUUAGACUAUGCCUCGACUCUUGGGAAACAAAUUUACGCAACGCUCUAUACAAAUAAGGCUGAUUCGGGUCUUUGCCACACGUCGUUUUUUCCUGAGACCUGUCGUUCGUCUGAAAAAUCAGAGGCAGAACUCUAUAAUAUUGUCGAUCAGUUUGUAAAAGAAGGACUUGAAUCUGUACAACCAUGUAUACAUUACUUCCGAGGAGUGUACUCUUGUGGUGGAAAUCCUGAUUGGCCAGUUCAUACAACAUAAGACUGGAAGUGGAAAGUUUGAUUGGUCGGUUCAAACACCAUAAGACUGGAAGUGGAAAGUUUGAUUGGUCGGUUCAAACAACAUAAGACUGGAAGUGGAAAGUUUGAUUGGUCGGUUCAAACAACAUAAGACUGGAAGUGGAAAGUUUGAUUGGUCGGUUCAAACACCAUAAGACUGGAAGUGGAAAGUUUGAUUGGUCGGUUCAAACAACAUAAGACUGGAAGUGGAAAGUUUGAUUGGUCGGUUCAUACAACAUAAGACUGGAAGUGGAAAGUUUGAUUGGUCGGUUCAUAGGAUUUGAGAUGGAAAUUCUUAAUUCUAAUGGGCCAGUCCAUAUAGCAUAAGACUGGAAAUGGAAAUUCAAAUUGGUUAGUUCAUAUCAUAAACAUUCUGAUUGGCCAGUUCAUAUAGCAUAGAACAGUCAGGACAUUAAAAUUCUGAUUGGCCAGUCCAUAUAGCAUAAGAGUGAUAAGACAGAGUAUAAACAUUCUGAUUGGCCAGUGUAUACAUGUAUAGCAUAAGAUUGGACAUGGUGGGAGCUCAUGAUAUUUUGUUGAGUCUCCUAUCAAGUCCUUUAAUAUUUAUUUGCUAAUUAGGAAAUAAGUAAGACAAGUGCAGAUUUCAGUUCUUAAACAAACGUAUGCUUUGAUAAUAUUGUGAAAAUACACAUCUUACAUGAAUCA